UCAUAUAUAUACACUCCUCCAGCGAGCCCAUGUACCGUCUGUACAGUCGUCAGGUGCGCAGCAAACAGCUGGCCAUCAAGAGGAUGAACGAGAUCCAGAAGAGCAUUGACGGCUGGGAGGGGAAGGACAUCGGCCAGUGCUGUUCCGAGUUCAUCCUGGAGGGGGCGCUCCUCCGCGCCGGCGCCAAACACGAGCGACACAACUUCCUGUUCGACGGCCUCAUGAUCAGCUGCAAGGCCAAUCAGAGCUCCCGACUCCCCGGUUCUGGAAGUGGGGCCGAGUUCCGUCUCAAGGAGAAGUUCGUCCUGCGGAAAGUUCGCAUCGUGGACCGCGAGGACUCGGCGGAGUUCAAACACGCCUUCGAACUCGUCGGUAAAGACGAGAACUGUGUGGUGUUCUGCGCCCGCUCGGCGGAGGAGAAAGGGUCUUGGAUGGCGGCGCUGGUCACCCUGCAGUACCGCUCCACACUGGACCGUAUGUUGGACACGGUUCUGCAGCAUGAGGAGCAGGCCCAGCCCCUCCGCCUGCCCUCGCCAGAGCUAUACCGCUUCGCUGUGCACGACUCCGAGGAGAACAUCGUGUUUGAAGAUCGCGUCCAGAGCAAGACGGGGAUACCCAUUAUUAAAGCAGGCACGGUGGUCAAGCUUAUAGAGAGGCUCACCUACCACAUGUAUGCUGAUCCCAACUUUGUGCGCACUUUUCUGACCACCUACCGGUCCUUCUGCAAGCCCCACGAGCUCCUCGGCCUCCUGAUAGACAGGAUUGAGAUCCCAGAGCCGGAGCCCACCGAGGCAGACAAGCAGGCGCUAUGGAACGGAGAUCAGCCAAUGGCUGCAGAGCUACAGAGGUUCCGGAGGGAGUACGUCCAACCCGUCCAACUCCGGUAUAAUCACCACUGUCCAAUCAGACUCCUUCCCACUGUCCAAUCAGACUCCUUCCCACUGUCCAAUCAGACUCCUUCCCACUGUCCCACUGUCCAAUCAGACUCCUUCCCACUGUCCAAUCAGACUCCUUCCCACUGUGCAAUCAGACUCCUUCCCACUGUCCAAUCAGACUCCUUCCCACUGUCCAAUCAGACUCCUUCCCAAUCAGAGUACAUCCCACUGUCCAAUCAGAAGUACAUCCCACUGUCCAAUCAGAGUACAUCCCACUGUCCAAUCAGAGUACAUCCCACUGUCCAAUCAGAGUACAUCCCACUGUCCAAUCAGAGUACAUCCCACUGUCCAAUCAGAGUACAUCCCACUGUCCAAUCAGAGUCCAUCGCACCAUCCCACUGUCCAAUCAAGACUCCUUCUCACCCUCCCGCUGUCCAAUCAGACUCUUCCAUCCCUCCUUGA